AUGGCAUUUUUAUCCGGUUUCGGUGCUGUCAACUAUCCGUAUUCAUGUAUGACUUACUUCGCCUUGUCCGUUUCAAACUCAGAAAUACGCACAGCUGAGAGAAGAUUGUUACAAACUGUAGAUAUGAUUUUGGUGAAGCGUCGAAGACUAGCUCAGUUUCAAUUUGAGGCAAGAAUGAAUCGUACCACCAACGAAAAAUCUAACACCUUUUGGAGUAUGUUACGCACAGUUGGAAUGUCCAUUUCAUCACCUCGUAUUGACGAAAAAUUAUUGAAACAUGAGAUAUCUGUUCUUGAAGACUUAAGUCGUCAAUUAUUUCUGGAACUGCACUACCUCCGAACUGCCCAAGAACGGAUUGAAUUUUCAAAAACAUGGAAAGGAAAAUAUUUCAAUUGUCUUGGCUACUUUUUCUGUGGUUAUUGCUGUUGGAAAAUAUUUAUAUCCAUUGUAAAUAUUUUAUUGAAUCGAUUCGGUGGACAAGAUCCUAUAACACGCUUUAUGGGUAUAACUAUACAUUAUCUAGGCUUUCAAAUUGAUGUAAAAUUUUGGUCACAACAAAUAUCUUUUUGGCUCGUCGGUAUAAUUGUUGUAACGUCAAUUCGCGGACUCUUAAUAACUUUAACAAAAUUCUUUCAUGCUAUAGCCAGCACAAAAUCAUCGAAUAUAAUUGUUUUAAUCAUAGCACAAAUAAUGGGUACUUAUUUUGUUUCUUCUGUAUUGCUUUUACGUAUGAAUAUGACUGCAGAGUAUAGGAAUAUGUUAAAUCAAGUACUUGGUGACUUACAGUUUCAUUUCUAUCAUCGUUGGUUUGACGUAAUCUUUCUUAUCAGUGCUAUGUGUAGUAUUGCGUUUUUAUACUUAGCACAUAAACGAGUUGCUGAAAUAAAAGAUGACUAUAUUUCUUGA